AUGUUUGAAGAAACAACAAAUAUUGUUAAAGAAUUUGUCUAUUGCCUUUUAAUUAGAGGCGGUAAUAUGACACCAACAUUGUAUUAUUUACCACCAAGUCCACCAUGUCGUAGCAUUUUACUUUUGGCCAAAAUGUUAGAUCUCGAACUCGACUUAAAGGUCAUCAAUAUUUUGGAGGGCGAACAAAUGAAACCCGAAUUUCUCGAAAUGAAUCCACAACAUUGUGUGCCAACUUUAAAUGAUGACGGUUUAAUACUGUGGGAGAGUCGUGCUAUAUUGUCUUAUAUGGUUUCUGCUUUUGGCAAGGACGAUAGUUUGUAUCCAAAAGAUGUACGUGUGCGUGCUUUGGUAGAUCAACGUUUGAUGUUUGAUCUGGGUACAUUGUAUCAAAGAAUGAUGGAAUAUUAUUUUCCGACUAUGUUUAUGGGAGCUCCACUCGAUGAAACGAAAAAAGCAAAAUUGAGUGAAGCCUUAGGAUGGUUCGAGAUCAUACUUAAGGGUAGAAAGUUUACAGCGGCUGAACAAUUUACCAUAGCUGAUCUGACGUUAAUGGUCACCAUAUCGCAAAUUGAGGCAUUUGAAUUUGAUUUACAGUCGUAUACACGCAUUAAGCAAUGGUUUCAACGAUGUAAACAAUUUGCCGAGCCCUACGACUAUCAGAAUUUAAAUGGCAAUGGCGCUUUGGUGUUGGCGGAAAUGUUUAAAUCAAAAUUACAAAAAUAA